AUGUGCCAACAUGGCAGCUGUGCGCUGACAUAUUGCAUGCCUGCUGAGCGGUGCUGCACCGCAUUGUAUUGUGUUGGCGCGUGUGUGUUUCAUGCUUUGUAUGUGUUAUGCACACUAUGCAUCGUGUAUACACUGUGUCUUGAAUUAUACCGUGUGCACUGUGUGUGUGUUCUGGCUUCAGACAGUUCUGCACAGGCCUCCCGGGUACAAGUAACAGUCCAAACACUGGAUGAGAAUGACAAUGCCCCACAGCUGGCCGAGCCCUAUGACACCUUUGUGUGUGACACAGCUGCCCCUGGCCAGCUGAUUCAGGUUGUCCGGGCUCUGGAUCGAGAUGAAGUUGGCAACAGUAGCUAUGUCUCCCUGAGUAGCCCCCUGGGCCCUGAUGCCAAUGUCACUGUCCGGGACAAUCGAGAUGGUUCUGCUAGUCUGCUGUUGCCCCCUCGCCUGGUCUUGCCUCGCCGGGAGCCCUACCUGGUGCCCAUUGAGUUGCGUGAUUGGGGUCGGCCGGCACUGAGCAGCACAGCUACGGUGACAGUCAGCAUCUGCCGUUGUAAGCCUGAUGGCUCAGUGGCCUCCUGCCGACCUGAGGCCCAGCUCUCCCCAGCAGGACUCAGCACCGGGGCUUUGCUCGCUAUUUUGGCCUGUGUAGGCACCCUCCUGGCCCUGGUGGUGUUGUUUGUGGCCCUCCGGCGACAAAAGCAAGAGGCACUCAUGGUGUUGGAAGAGGAAGAUGUUCGAGAGAACAUCAUCACCUAUGAUGAUGAGGGCGGCGGUGAGGAGGACACAGAGGCCUUCGACAUCACAGCCCUGCAAAACCCGGAUGGGGCAGCCCUGCCUGCCUCAGCUCCACCGGCUCGUCGAGAUGUGUUGCCCAGGGCCCAGCCCCCUCGACAGCCACGGCCCCCUGGUCCUGCGGAUGUAGUGCAGUUGCUGGCUCUGAGGCUUCGGGAGGCAGAUGAAGACCCCGGUGUCCCACCAUACGACUCUGUGCAGGUGUAUGGCUACGAAGGCCGAGGCUCAUCUUGUGGCUCCCUCAGUUCUCUGGGCUCGGGCAGUGAGGCAGGUGGCCCCUCUGGGCCCCCCGAGCCCCUGGAUGACUGGGGGCCACUUUUCCGUACCUUGGCUGAGCUGUAUGGGGCAAAGGAGCCCUCCGCUCCUUGAGGACUGGUCCUAAUCCUGCCUGUUUGUGUGGAGCCCCCAUCUAAGCUGUGCCCACUUACAUGCCCUCUAAAAGGGAGCUCCACGGGGUCCAGUGGGCAGCAACCACCAGCCCCUGGGCCCACUGGUCCUUCCACUCCGAGUCUCUGGUCCUUUUCCUAUUGCUGUCUCUUCUCUCUAAUUCUUGCCCCGUGAAUCCCUCUCUGUCUCUUUUUGUGUCUCCUCUCUGACUCCCUACAUCUCUGUCUAAAUAUGCCUCCCUCUCUUUCUCACUUCGUACAUCUCUUUUGGCACUCCUCUGUCUCUCUCUCUGACUCACUAUAUCUCUCUUCUCAAGUGUGCCUCUGUCUUCUUUUCUCUCCUCAUGUCUCUUUGUCGUACUUAACAUAUGGGUGCCUCCCUCUGAAUCUCUCCCUCCCUAUCUGCCUGUCUGUCUCUCUCACACAGCCUAUGUCUACCUAUCUCUGUUUCCCCUGCCCACAUCCCCCGUGGUUUUCUCUGGGUCUCUGUGACCAAGUUUUAACAGCUUUUUGGUUUUUCCGUCACCCAUCUCAAGAACAAGAAAACUUCCAGCCACUGACGCCACCCGCCUAUGGGGAAUACUUCACCCCAGAUUCUGCCCGCAUGGUUUCCAUCCAUCACUCAUGGCCUCACCCUGGCCCAACUGACCUCCAGCGGGGAGAGGGAGCUAGGCCCUUGCCCAGGGGGCCAAAACCCUGAGUCUGCCCCCCAGGCCACAUCUCUGGGGAGCUCUGGCCCUGGGGGUGGUCUGGCUAUUGGCCUACUUUGGGCAUUUCACAUCGUGUGCUUCCAUGUCCCAAGGGGAAGGGAAUG